AUGCCUCCUCGUGUACCCCCAUUGCGGACCUUGCGGUCAUUUCCUCAACACAUCUCAAAAUCACAAUGUCCGCGCCGAUUUUCUCAAUCGCUGCUCUCCCGUCAAUCGAGUACUUUUGGCACCAAACCACCCCCGCCUCCAGACGAUCGACCUGAUCCGAUCACGCUGCAUAGACUCCAAUGGCAGCGCCGUGCAUACUACAAAAGGCGUUCCUAUUACGCCGCUGCAGGCUGGAUCUUUGGGAUGGUUGGCAUCUGGGUCACUGUCAAGGCUAUGGAUCUCCCUUCCCAACCUACGAAACUCGAUUCUGGACGACGGACGGAUGAUCCCAUGGUAGUUUUGGGCCGUGAGCGAAAGGUUAUCGUGCAAAGGCUAGGCGAGGAACCGGAAGAGAUAGUCGAUACGGUCGCGACUGGGAAUACCACGGUGCCUACUUACCCUAGGAUUCUGGAUUUCUAUGACGAACAGAGAGAGGGCUUAAAGGACAAUGGCAUGGGUCCGGGGCAGAACGAUGAUCGGCUGGCCGAGUAUCAGUUGUUGGGGGUAGGCGUUCGUAGAGUCAGCAUUUUGAGCCUGGAAGUUUAUAUGGUGGGCAUGUACGUGGCUACGGACGAUAUUGCCUUGCUUCAAAAGGCCCUGAUUCGGGAGAUUGACGGGGGCGCUUCUGCACUUGUCGCAGGGGAGAAGGAGAAGCUCAAAAAUAUGCUGUACGAUCCGGAGGAAGGAUUACGUGUAUGGGACGAUCUUCUAAAGAAGAGUGGAGUAAGAACGCUCCUUCGAAUCGUGCCGACCAGGAAUACAGAUUUCCAUCACCUGCGGGAUGCGUGGGUUAGGUGUUUGACCACAAGAGCUCAGGCUAACAAGGAGGAAUUUGGGGAUGAGCAAUUCGGGGCCUCGAUGAAUGAGUUCAAGUCGCUCUUUAAUCGAGGGAGCGUGCCGAAGCAAAAGGAGGUCCUUAUGAGCCGAGAUAAAAAAGGGAAGUUGGUAGUCUGGUAUGACGACGGGAAGAAUGGCGCGCAAAGACUGGGGGAAAUUGCUGAUGAGCGAAUUUCACGGGGAAUCUGGUUGAAUUAUCUUGCUGGCAAGAAGGUGGCUAGUGAAGAGGCAAGGAAAGGUAUCGUCGAGGGGGUUAUGGGAUUUGUGGAGCGCCCUGUUGGUACGGUGGCAACACAGGUUGUAUGA